AAAUGAGCCUUAUUAACCCCAACACAAAAUUGCGCGCUACAAUCCAUUUAUUUCAGAGAAGAGGAAGCGUGCUACAAUUUGUUUGCGGACUAGUUACCGCGGAAGAAGGGGAAAACAACUGAUAAAGAUAGAUUAGAUUGUUUUUAAGUGAUUCCACAAUGGCAAGCGACACAGACAUCAUGGAUGACUGUGAUAGCGACGAAGAAGGAUCCUCUGAUAGUAGUUACGUUCCAGACGAAGACUUUAGCUUCGACAGUGAGGAAGAAGUGGAUCCAGACGAUAGCACUGUUGAGACUGAAGAUGAAAGGACUUCACAUCCAGAUCAACAAUGUAGUCUGCCAGCGAAGAUGGCAAAAAAGACCCAAUCCCCACUUAAAAGAAAGCUGGCCUCAUCCUCGAAGAAGGCCAAAGUACCACGUAUCUCAACCCAAAGAAAAACCCCUCCCUUCCCAUCAGAGUCAGAGGAGCCAUCCCAGCCCUGGAAAACCAAGGACGACCCUGAUGAAGGUCCAAAGUCUUUGCGGUUUUUCCCUAAAAGACUUCCUGGAUCACAAGUAGAUCCUUCAUCUGUUUUCUCACCGUUAGAACUUUUCAAAACCUUUUUUUCCAUGUCCACUGUCAGAACCCUCUGUGAAAAUACAAACAGCCAUGCAGCUAAAAACAUCUGUAUGGGCAAAAAAUCUAAGUGGACAGAUAUUACUCCAAAGGAGUUUUACACAUUUCUUGGGUUGGUCCUUUUCAUUGCGCAGAUUAAGGCAAGAGCUAUCAACGAUUACUGGAAAAGAAAAUCCAUCUUCUCAAUUCCGUUUCCAGGAACUGUAAUGAACAGGGAUAGAUACAAAACCAUAUCGUGGAACAUUCACAUGAGUGAUCCUGAUGAGGACGUUAUCAAUGAUCGUAAGAAGGGUACCCCCGAAUAUGACAAGUUAUUCCGUCUAAAACCAUUAAUGGAUGAGAUUCGUCUUGCUUGUAUGGCUUCAUACCACCCACACAGAAACCUGGCUGUAGAUGAACGCAUGGUGGCUUCACAAGCAAGAAAUGGGUUGAGUGAAUACAUCAAGGCAAAGCCUAAUAAAUUUGGCUUCAAGUUGUUUGUUUUAGCUGAUUCCAGCAAUGGUUACACAGUGGAUUAUGCUGUGUAUAUAGGCAAGAACACGUUCCCCUUUGGUUUUGGAAUUUGUUAUGAUGCAGUGAUGUCACUUGUUAAGCCAUCCUUUCUUGGGUCUGGUUACCAUGUGUACCUGGACAAUUACUACUCCAGCCCAAAACUGUUCAAGGACUUGUUUGACAUUAAAAUGGGAGCGUGUGGUAUCAUGCGUGAAGGCAGACAGGGUUUCCCAAAAUCUACAGAAAACGCCCUAACCAAGAAGUCCCCAAGGGGAACUCUGCGAUGGAUCAGGGAGGGUUCUUUACUGUUUGUGAAGUGGAAGGAUGCCCGGGACGUGUCCGUGGGAUCCACCAUUCAUCAAGCCUACGGAGGGGAAACCAUUAAAAGAAAAAAGAAUAAGAAUGGAAAAGGGUCUGUCAAUUCCAUUCCAGUUCCAACAGCGAUUUCACAAUACAAUAAGUACAUGGGAGGGGUUGACUUAUCAAAUCAGCUGAUCACAUACUUCUCAGCACACCGCAAAACAAAAAAGUGGUACCGCACAUUCUUCUACCAUUUUGUGGACAUUGCUACGACUAACAGCUACAUCAUUCACAAGGAGAUGUGUAAGGCCAACAACAAGAAGCCAAUGACCCACAAGGAAUUCAUGGAGCAGCUUGUUGCUCAGCUCUGUGAGGUGUCUCUUGACACCAAGGACAAACCGAAGAACACUGGACACACGCCUGUUCCCAUCAAGGUUGCAAAAGACAAAAGCCAGAAAGCUUCAUUCGGACGAAAGGCUUGUAAAUUGUGCAUCACUGGGAAUAACCGACGAAACCUCACUCCCUGGAAGUGCAAUGAGUGUGGGGUGCCACUCUGUGUCAUUCCGGACAGGAACUGCUUCCACGAUUGGCACAACCUUAACUAAAAGGCAUCCGCUUCUAUUAAGUGUCAAUCUUCUCAUUCAGAGGGAAGUUACCUGAAAUUAGCCUGCCCAUGGCAACUUGGGCUGCUGUUAGUACAUUCUUACUGAUGAUCAGUCUUUCAACAGCUUUUAAGUGAUGGCAAACAGUUGCUCUUCUUCCAUUUUGACUUUUGAUACAAUCUGUGUCAUUAUGAUUCAAGAAAUGUAAGAAUAGGCCCAAGUCAUUGACGUCCAUGGUUGACAUGGCAGCAGUUGCAGAGUCUGAUGAGCAGGACUAAGUUAGGGUUAGUUUUCUUUUAGGAUGUCUGUCAUUUAAUUAUCCAGAGCAACAAUUAAGACAUUUGUCUUGAAGGGGCCAUAUGAAAGAUGUGUACUGUACUGCUAACACUAAUGCAUGCAAAAUUUACCAGUAGACUUCUGCAGUUAAUGUUUUAUGUUAAUGUUAUUUUCCCUCAAACACAUUUCUUACCAGUUUUCUCACUAGUCAGUCCUUGAUUUUGCAUUGACUUGUAGUCUCAUACUCAUUUUAGACACUUGAAGAGCAGUCACCCAACCCUACAUAAUCCUGCGCUAGCUAAUACUGCUCUGGUUUUAUUAAGGGAAGACUGUGAGGACAAAAGUCAUUAGUACCACAACAGGGAGUGUAGAGUCCAACAUUUUGGUAUUGUGCACGGUAAGAUUUGUGUGUUUGUAUGGUCAGUUUCAGUUUAUAAUAAUUUGACCCAUUUAAGUUUACCUGAAUAUGAUUCAUUUGAUGUGAUGCUGACCGUAAGUUUAUUAAAUGAAACUGACCAUUUUGAAACUUUUUCACUGGUUGGGUAUUAUUAGUGUCUUUAUAAUGUUGGGAGGCUUCCAUAAGUAUUUUCUGUUGGAAAGGUUAUAUAGAUGUUACUAUCUAGCCCAGGAGCUGACUGCAGUAUCAACUAAUAAUAACCAUAACUCCUGUAUUAUAAACCCACCAUGUAUAUGUUAAUUAUUUUUCGGCUGUGAUGAUGUAUUUUCUGAAGACCAACUGGUUUAAUGUCCACUGUGUCAGGAAGUGAAUAAAGUCAUUUUAACCAAC